AUGCAAAUAAUGGUUAAUACAAUAGAUGAUGUUAAUUUUAAACAAUAUGUUAGUACACGAAUUCAACAUCGUUGGGAUAGAAUGUAUCAUUCACUUUUUCUUGUCUGCUGGUCUCUCCAUCCUCGAUAUGUACUUACAAAUGCUAUUCGCCCAGAACUUGCAACUGUUAUUAAAAGAGAAGCAAGCUUGUUAUUCGGAUCUCUUUUUCCUAAUAAGGAUAUUAUAAGAUUUCGAAAGCAAUUAAUUGAUUGGAAGAAUAAAGCUUAUCCUUUUGAUUUUGAAGGCAAUUGGGAUGACUAUCUAAUUAAAGAUCCAGUGUAUUUUUGGAAUAACUUUCAAAGCGAAGUACCUGAAUUAGCACUUUUUGCUUCUCGAAUUAUGAGCAUUCCACCAACAUCAGCUGAUAGUGAACGAUUCUGGUCUGUAAUUUCAAAUAUACAUACACCAUGA